UGUUGCCAGAGCUGGAAUAAUGCUCUCCACAGCUGUUUUUUUUUUCUCCUCUCUUUCUGAAGUAAUGGCAGCAUUCAGGCAGGAUUAAACUUCUACUUUGCGAACGGCUGACAAAGACUGAACUAUUUAAACGGUGGGAGCUCUUUGCACAACAGUGUCUGGUGAGGUAAUGUCUCUGAAAUGUCUAAAUGCCAUUCCCAGCUGCAGAGCGCUGUAGCCCCGGGCUGCUCCGGGUUUGUCUUAAAGCUUUGUCCAACUUGAAAUUGUUUACUGGGACCAUGAGGACGCCCGGCCCCGAAGUCUCUGCACAGUUCUACGUCUCCUUAAAUGAGACCAAGUGUUUGAAAGUUGGUGUUUCUGCAGCAACAGUGUGAGGAAGUGUGAGGUCCGAGCGGCGGAGGGGGGCUCGGUGGAGAGACAAAAACCCGUCCGGACCGGCCGCCAGGCUUCAGGAGAACCGACCGGAUUAUUGUGGAAGAGAUCAGAAAACAAAGGAAACGUUUGUUCUUCUCUCAUUUUCCUCACCGUGGGAACAAAGAGUGACAGGGGGGAAAAGUUUGGAGAAAAGUUACAAAGAUUUUUUUUUACGCACGCGCUCGGUGCCUUUGAUGUGAGCGCCGACAGGUUAAUCUGAUCCCGGUGGUUCCAGGUGUGAGGAUGGUGGAGAGCCGGAGCUGCGUCCGGAGAGAGGGGGUGUACCGCUGGUUCUCCACCCUCACCUCCGCCCACAGAGCGGAGUUCCUCUGCGGCCUCCUGGACCUCUGCGUCCCCAUCGAGCUUCGCUUCCUCGGCUCCUGCCUGGAGUACCUGGCACGCAAGGAUUACCACUCUCUGCGGGAUGCGGAGAUCAAAGCCAACAACCCCGCAGACCUCUCGGGCCUCACCAACAUCACGGAUGAGGUGGUUCGCAGCAAACUCCUGGUCUCCCUGGCUCUGCUGGGCACGGAUAACCGGGAGGCUGCGGGGGUCCUGUACCGGACCCUGACCCACAUCGACACGGUGAUCAAUAACUAUGGGCUGGCACUGAACGACGGCAGGACUGAGGAGCAGUUCCUGCUGCUGUUCACCAUGGCCUCCAACCACCCGGCCUUCAACUUCCACCAGAAACAGGUGCUGAGGCAGCAGCUGGACCACAUCCAGGACAUCCUCCAGGUAACCAGAGGAGAAGCUGCAGCAGAGCCCAGUAGUGAUGGAGCUGCUGUUUGUUCUGCUCAGCCUCAUCACCCCUAUCACCAUCAGACCAUCUCCAUGCAGCAGGCCUCACUGCCUCCAUCUCCCUCCACCCUGACCAAUACCAGCGCCACCUACCUGCCAACAUGCUGCUGGCAUAAGAACCCACAGUCUCAGAAACAGACAACAGAUUCCCCAGCAGGGUCAGGACUAGCCUCUGGUGCAGCAUUAGGUCACGAGGAUCAAGCGGCCCACCAGGAGCUCCCGUCUCUGUGCCCAGAACUCCGUUCUACUCCACCAGCUCAUCAGCAAACCCAGGAUACCUCAACCAGCAGCCACCAGGAGAAAGUGGGAAAGGCUGUGAUUGAACGGGUGCUGAUAAGGAGGGUGACGCACAAGUCAGAAAAUGGCAGCGAAUAUGUGUUUGAGGUGGGCUGGUCCGACGCUUUCACAUAUUCAGUUGUCAGGACUCAAAAGGAAGUGGCAGAAUUAUUAUCCCAGCUUUCACAGGUUUUUCCUGAAGAUGGUCUGGAGAAGUUCCUUCCUCAGGCCCUAGAGGUCGACACCAGGUGUCUGACUGCUUUACCCAGUCAUGUCCUGAAGCACCCCACUGUCCAGCUGUUCUUCAACUCCAGCCGGCCUCGGUCACCCAACUCUCCCUCCUCUCCCCCUUCCGCCAGAAUACCUCCAUGUUCCUCUUCACCCAGCAGUCCCACCUGCACGCUCACUUCCAGUUCCAAUACCGACUGCAUGGUGCAGUACAGAGGAUCUAACAGGGUGGUGUACAGGGUGGCCAGCGUCCAGCCCGUGGUCAGCACCCACAGCCCCGUCUUGACUCGUUCCCCUCCUCACCUUUCCUCCCUCCUGUCUCCCGCUGUUCCUCCUCCUCAGCACACUCUGCUGCUUCCCUCCAUGCAUCACCUCCCCUCGAAGUGCUCUGCAGCCGUUGGAGGCGAUGCAUCCUCUCUGCUGCAUCACAGUCAGCCUCACUCAUACCCACAGCCCCUGCAGCACCAACUUCAUCCACAAACCAGCCUUCAGCCCAGUACGCAGUCCUUGCACCUGUCCCAUUCCCAGCAGGUGUCCCACUCGCAUUCCCUGACCCGCUCCCAGUCCCAUCCAGCACAGUCCCAGCCCAACACUCCGGAGCAGAACGGCAUCCUGGACUGGCUCCGCAAACUUCGGCUCCAUAAGUACUACCCAGUCUUCAAACAGCUCACCAUGGAGGAGUUUUUAGCUCUGACGGAGGAGGACCUAAACAAGUACGACCUGACCCAGGGAGCUAAGAAGAAACUAAAGACUCAGCUGGAGCUUCAAAAGUCAGCAGACAGGGAAAUGAAGAUGGAGAAGCGGCCCUGCGGCGGCAUCGCCAGGGUGAUACCUUCCAGUCAUAUGGGAAUCUCUGCCCAGCCCACCCCCACUGCAGGGGAGCAGCGGGUGGAUGCAGACGGUGCGCUGCAUCCUCCUCCUCUUCAUCAGCUGAUGUCCCCAGACAGCACCUCCUCCUCUGGUUAUUCUGGCUCCUCCUCCUGGAUGCCGAUCUGCUGUGACUCUACCUUUGACAGGAGCAGAGACAUUCUUGGACGUGUUUCAGGUCUAAACCAAACCGGUGUUACAGAGAAAGGCCGCUUCAUCUUGAACUCUGCCUGCCCCCCCGGUUCCAGUCGUCCCACAGCCCAAGUUCUUCCUGUCCAGACGGAUCCGGCUCCUCCUCACCCACCUUCCUGCUCAUCCCACCUUCCCUUCAACCUCCUUCAGGCUCCAUACCACCCGCAGCCCAGUUACCCCGAGUCUGUCCCAAACCCAGCUCGCAUCCUGUCGUCAACGCGUCAGCCCCGGCCCUCCCCGCUCUGCUCAGAGGACAGGGCUAAGCCUCUGGGCGCAGUCGCGGUCGGAGCGGGUUUCAGUUUAGGACCUGGAGUCGGGGUGGCGGCGAGGCUGGAGAAUCAGUUUACGGGUCUCAGUAUGGAUGGAUACUCCGGACCUCAGGAGUCUGCAGGAAGCCGCAGGAGGCCAGGGGGCGCUGUAGGUCUGAUGGUGGAGACCAGCUCUGCCCUGACCUCCACAUCCAACAGCCUCCAUCACGUCUCCCAGCCACCUCUGCUCUUCCACCUCUCCUCCUCUCCAACCGGAUACCACUAUCACCCUGCCUCCUCCACAUCGGGCGCUCUGCCCAUGCCCACCAACCCCACUGCAGCAGCCCUGGGGAACCCUAACUACCAGCCUACCACAAGUCCCGCCCCGCCCUCUUCCUCCUCUGCCCCUUCCUUAAAUCAGAGUUCAGCUCAAAGCACCUCCAUGUGUGUUUGCAGCUCCUGUGGUUGCCAUGGUAACUGUAGCCCCUAUGGUACAUUACCAGGGUAUGCAGCUGCCGGCUACCUGCAGCCGUUCUCAGCCGGGCCCUCCCUGUUCACCCUGGGGCCCCUGCUCCACCUCAGCCCACUCAUCGCCUCGUCCAGCACUUCCGGCCCUGGAGCCCCUCACUUCUCUUAUCCCAUGAUGGUCCCGCCUACUCUCUAUCGCCAGAGCCCCACAUCACAUGACCAGCAGCAGAGCACGGGGUUCUAUCAGUCCCAAAGCACUGUGGGUAAUGGAGGCCAGAAACGGGCAGCGGGGAAUGUGUCCUGCUACAACUGCGGCGGCGGCGGACACAGAGCAGAGGAAUGCAAGCAGCCAACAAUGGAGUCAGCACAGCAGGGAACGUUUCGGCUGAAGUUCACUCCUCACUCUCAUAAUAAAGACUCUGGGGACUAAAUCAGUGAGAGACAGCGAUGCAAUGAACAUGGGACGAAUGGUGGUGCCUGUGAGCAGUGGAUCAGCGCUGGUUAUGGAAAUGAGACGAGGACACAGCGGGACCAAUGGUUCAUCUCUUGGGUCGCGCUGCUUUCAUAUGAUCCCCUCAGAUACAAACCGGAGCUUCUAACGUCAGAUUAACUCUAUAGAAAGAUGUUUGGAUCUUCCUCAGCAUUGUCUCAGAGGCAGCUUCUCAGACAAACCAUGAAGUAUUUCAAGCUGAAUGGCAAACCAAAGA